AUGGAACCACUUCUUUCAUUUGUCAUUGAUAAACAUCAUUUUCCUCAAUUACAAUGUUUACGUUUCAUUUUGUGUAAGCAUAUAUUAUCAACAUGGUGCAAUAUUUUCAAAUGGAUUGAUUUUAUUUUUGCUCAUAUUAAUGAAGUUCGACUUAAAUGUUUACGCUUUGAUUUUAUCGAAAAAGAUCAGGAAGUCACUGAUAUAAAGACGGGUGAUGAAAUUAUCAUAACCACUGAACCUCCAUAUAUUGUUGAUAUUCAUCGAUUUAUAUCAGAAAAUCAUAUUGCAUUUUGGAUAGAAAGAAAAUAG